AUGUCUGAUGGAUUAAUCCCACUUCAGUAUCUAGAAUUAUAUAACUACACUUAUGAAGAUGGAGACGAAGUCGGUACCAUCACACUUGAUGUCCCUGAAAUACUUAAUAACAGUGCAAUUAAAGUUCAGCUUUCAGAAGAUGGAAAUUUCAUCAAUAUCAACUUUUCAGAAGAUUACCCUCAUGUUGUAUGCGGACAUUUAUACUCAAAAGUUACAUCAUUUGAAACUGCAAUCGAAAAAAACAAAUAUUGUGUUAAAUUACAUAAAGACCCAGCAGGAGAAAAAAAGUGGUUUUUAUUGAUUACAUCUAAUCAUUCAGAAAAUAAAGUAAUUGAUCCAAAAUCUGCUUACGCUAUUUUCAAAUUAUAUGCCAUGACUGCACAGGAAACAAAUGACACAUCAAACAUCGAAAUUGCAUUUCAGUAUCUUAAAUUUGCUGCUUCUUGUGGUUAUGUUCCAGCUACAAGAGAAUAUGCAACGAGACUUCUUCAAAACAGCGCAACAUUCGUGAACGGUGUAGAGCUCCUUAAAUUAUGCUACGAUAAGUACAAAGAUAUACCAUCUUGUUUUCAACUUGGAAUUAUAUUUUCACAAAGCAAGGAAACUGUUGAGAAUGGCUUACCAUUUAUGACCGUAGCCGCUGAAUCUGGAUAUUUCGAUGCUAUUGUUGGCCUCGGAGAAUACUUCUCUCCUCUUUCUUCUAUUCCAUAUCAGAAGAAAGACGCAGAAAAGGCUGUUGAAUACUUUAAACUUGCUCUCACUAAGGGAGAAGAUUGGAUCGCACUUCACGAAUUGGCUAAAUUAACAUUCUUUGGAAUUGGAACAAAACAAGAUACAAAUGCUGGCAUAGAUUUACAAAGAAAGGCAAAGGCUAUUAACCCAGAUGUCCCUGCGAUAGAACUUAAUGAUCCACGUGUAAACCAAUACAAGCAAAUUGUCGAAGAUGAAAAAACAAGUGCUACUCCUUGGUCAACUCGUGGCGCUAUCAUCGGUGCAUCUGUUGCUGUUGCAUCUGGCUUUGGAUUGUUAGUAUAUAAAGCACUAACUCGAAAAGGUAAAUAA